AUGAGCUUCGAGGAGAGCGUCACGUCCUUUUACGUGGCGCUCGCGGAGCAGCAACUGGAGCAGGUUUGUCAAGCUAUAAGGAACAUGCAAAUCUCAGUUAAGUGUACAUUGGAUGAAGACCACGAAGCGGCAGCUGUACGCGAUGAAAUGCUACGUAGCUGCGAAGUUAAAGCUCAGAGUUUGCAAGAAUUGGCUCUUUUGAAGCUACAACACGCCUGUACAGGCUCUGACGUGGAUGUGGAUGCCGUACUGAUGGCUUUUUCUUGCUGCGUUGCUCUGGGUGCUACUCAAGACGCGGUAUCGAGGUUUUCCAGCUGCUUUAGUAACAUCUUUGCUACUCAGGCACGAGCCAGUCUGGACCGUGUACGAAGUAGUAAACAGGCUGCUAAAGUCAAUGAACAUGGCUACAUUGAUCGUGCUUUUUACGUCGAAGCUCUGAGUGAGCUCUUGACGGGAGCUUCGGAUAUUAUGAACGCUGUAGCAGACGUUACAGAUGAUGCACAAGUACUGCGACAAGUGCUGGAACCGAUCCACUUGUCGUGUGCAGAGACAGCUCUGCAAAUGGUGCAAAUGUAUGCGGGUGAUGCACGUAUGGUAGCGUGGGAACGGCGAGCCAAUUUACAGGCACAGAGAGAUCCGAGACAAGUUCUAGUGGGAAAUGACGUCGAGGCAGACGAGAGUCUGCAGAUGAUUGACUUGUUUUUGGAUGAACUGGCAUUUAUUAUUCGGGUGUUGGUGAGUUAUACCGCGUUUCUGAUGACGGUGUGUGAAGGGUUGGGACAACAGGAUGGAAACAGUGGGUUUCAGAUGAAGGUACAGGAGCUCAGUGGCGUAUACGUGCUAUUGGAAAGGUUCUACGUGUUCCAGUCGAUUCAUAAAGCUACAGCGAUUGCUGAGCCACAGAGACUAAAGCAUGGUGUUUAUGUAUGGAGUGUCGUCGAGGACGUGUCUUUUGUGCUGAAUAAAGCGUUCUAUAGAGCGUCGCAGUGUAUGAACUACCACACUGCGUUAUCCAUUGUAAUUGCGCUUGUGGAUGCUUUGGAAUUACAGUACCUGCCAGCUAUAUUAGCACUGCCUAGCCGACUGUGCGUGAUCCCAUUGAGCCCUAUUCAUGCAGCAUCUGCAAACUUAAAUGGCAAUGGAGACCCUAGACUUGAUGGUGAGGUCAACGAUGAAAACGAAGUGUCUUUUUCGGACAUGCUGCUUCAGGCAGUGGAUGAAGAUUUAGAGCGAACAUUGCAGGAGGAAGCAAGACUUCUUAUGACCAUUAACUCGGCAUUCGUGAGUGGUGAGUUUGUUCAAGCAUUGCAGGCAAAAAUUGAAGAGUAUUCUCGGGUCGAUUUCCCCAACGAUGCACCCCUCCUGGAGUGCCUACCUACUCCCAUUCACGAUAUGACGGAGGCAUUCCACUCGAUUGUGUCGAAUGAAGUGCAAGAAGUGUUGUCUCGCUCGAUGCGCAAGCGAUUGCUGGAAGUGAUUCAGCUCCAGAUGAAUGAACAAUUGAAAUAUGUGCUUACAUCAGCAGAAUACGACGCUUUCGGUUCGCGGGGAUCACCUUUGUUAAGGCUGGUGGAGAAUGAGAUUAUGAAAAACCGAGAACUACAACGCUAUGAACGAGCAUUGUGCAAUGCACCUUUUGAGGAUCUGGUUGAAGCGGUUGCUAAGGAGCUUGCUUCUUGUCUAGAGAACGCUGUGCUGACAUCCAAGAAACCUUGCAACGAAUUGGGUGCACUGCAGCUCGAGCGUGAAGUGACUGACAUUCUCGCGCGUGUAUCUUCGUUGGCGCCUCAAAAGAGUCUGCGAGCAUCUUUCACGCGGCUAUUCAAGGUGGUGUUCAUUUUGAACCUCAUGCAACCGUCGCACGUAUUGGAUUGUCGCACUAGUGUCCGUGAAGAACUUUCUCUAGAGACUGUUGUAACACUAUUGCGACUGCGUGUGGACUUUAAUCCACACGACGUUACUCGUACAAUUGAUCAACUGAUCAAGGUGGACACACAGGCGAUAUCUGAUGAAACGGGUAGUCCAAAUAGCUCAUGA